AUGCCGAGUUCAUCUAGUGACGAAAAAGAAAUGUUUACGUACUAUUUGUUCAAAAAGUUGGUUGGUAGAAAAAUGCAAGAAAAGAUCAUAGAAGGAAAUUUUGGUUUCAUCCUUAUAUUCAAAGAAAUAACCUCUGUCGACUUUUUGUUUCGGCUAGAGAACUUCAGGAAACCGACAGAUGACCAUGAUGUGUUGAUACAACUCAAUGAUAAUGAUUCUGAUUUAAACGAUGAUGUUGUAAUUAUACCAAGAUUUGAACAGCCACAGGGAGGAUUUAAUCCUCCUCAUUAUUUAUCUCUUUUAAUACCAUUUGAAGAAGAUGUAACACAUUAUAAUCAACAUUUAACUUCAUUACAUAUGUAUUUAGGAGAACUUGAUCAAAUUAAUACUAUCAGAUCACUUACCGUAAAUUCUAUUCAAAAAAUACCAGUUUUAUUUUUAAAAUUGCAUUUGGUACCCGGGCAAAUUUUUCCAAUCAUUGCUUACUCUGAAAUUAAACAAAAGUUUUUUAGAUAUGUCUUAACCAGAAAGAAAUUUAGAUUCGGUGUCUCAUAUCAAUUAAAUACAGAUGAGCAAAGUACAUUUGGAACAAUUGCCGUUAUAUUUGAAUACAAUAGGGAUUCUCUUCAGGAAUAUUCACUACCUUAUUCAGCCAAGGCUAUGGGCCAUCAACGAUUUAAAAUUUUAUCUGCUACUACAUUUCCUGGCUGUGAAAAUGAUAAUUCCAUCAUGAUAGCUACUGUCAAAAUUUUACAAGAUAUUACAUUAUCUACUCAUCCUCACCUCAAGGUGUGCUUGAAUCCAAGGAACCAUAAUCAGAGUAGCGCAUAUAAGAAAAAUAUGUGGCAAUCUCCGUGGCCAAAUUGGGUUUAUCAUCAAUUUGAUGCAUAUCAUUUAGCAUCAUUUCUAACAAAAAAAAUCCAAACAUUAUUUAAAAAAAUCAAAUUAUCAUCUGAUCCUUGUGUUUUAUCAUUUCAAGUGAUGAGACUUGGUAUAUUCAGUCCAAAACAAAUAAACCUCCUGUUGGGUAUUGAAUCAUUAAUCAUUAAGCUUCAAUGGGAACUAAAUUAUUUGAAUGAAAAUCAACCAAUGAAUAACUUUAAGUGUGCAACAAAUGGCUGUGAAGUAACAUUUUGUAAUACUAACAGUGUAUUCUUAAUGUCAAUUGAUGGACCCCAGGGAAUUUUUAGUACUCCAUUUGGAGAAUUUCAUUCCAUAAUCACUGUAACUUCAUUAGAUAUAACAUUGGAGUUGACAAAAGUAGAAUUUAUAACAAAUACAUGUCGAUGGUUUUAUGGGUAUAGAGGACUAAAAAUAAUAUGUCCAAUGUGUCUCAAUCAUUUCGGUUGGCAUUUUGUAUCUUUAAGUGACUCACGAAGUGGUUUUUAUGCAAUAUCUUUGAAUGCUAUAAAAACUAUUUUGUAA